UUGGUUUGGUUAUUCGGAUUGAUUCAAGGGGGAGAUCUACAGGAAGUAAUGAUCGAAGUUGAGCGAAUUGGUUCAAACGAUCUUCAAUCUGGUUUGCUACUGAGCUGGAGGAAGAAAGGAUAUAGAAAUUGCAGCUCGGACACAAUUUCUAGGUGGACCCGAUGGACUUUCAGAAACUCAAAUCAGACAAAACAAAAACAACUCAUCAAAUCAAAAGGUGUGGACCUUAUUUAGGGAAUGGAUCUAGUCGAUUUCCAGGGAUUGAUACAAGAUCAGGAACGAUACAUCAGAGUUGCGAAGAUACUGGAUCCAUGAAGAUUAGGAAAAAGGUAGAAUCUCGGAGAUUUGAUUUCAGCAAAUCAAAAUCGGGUUAUUUGGAUGAUAAAUCAACAACACAGAAUCACUAUUUUCUCGGUAUAAUGAGGGGUAUUAACCAUAUAAAGAGGGGAAGAAGGACAAAGCAAAUUCACCAAAUAAACAUUCAUCAUUUUUUCUCAAUCUCACGGUGUUUUCUCGGUCUGAAUUUUUUGCUUAAGAGAAUGUCUCAAAGCAACCUAAUGAAACAAACAGCUUCAGGAAAGAAGAUUGCGGUAUCUUCAAAGAAGAUGAAGAUUACGGUGCCCCAUUUUGAUAACUUAGAACUCAUACAAGGAUAUUCGAAGACCUUGAUUGGAAGAUGCAUGAACCCUGCGGUGCAAGAUAUGAAAGCGUUGCUGUAUAUGUUGCCACACAUAUGGAAGGCUGAAGAAAGGGUAGCAGGAGCGGAUCUAGGACUUGGAAGGUUCCAGUUUGACUUCGAACGUGAAGAGGAUAUUACAGAAGUCAUGAAGAUGGAGCCAUUUCACUUUGACUACUGGAUGCUCUCAAUUGAGAGGUGGGCACCAGUUGUUGAUCCAAAAUAUCCUUCGUCGAUUAUGUUCUGGGUGAGAAUCAUCGGUAUCCCUCUUCACUUUUGGGCUGAGCCAACUUUUCAGUCCAUCAGAAAAGCCUUAGGUUAUGUGAAGGCGGUGAACCUGGACGAAGGAAAAAUCCAGGUCGUGAUCGAUGCUGUGCAGCCACUAUGCUUCGAGACGGAGGUGGAGUUUCAUGGGAGAGAGGAGACCACAGUGUUCCUCCGGUAUGAAAAGUUAUUCGGGUAUUGCAGGAUUUGUUUCAGUCUUUGCCAUAACCAGAAGAUAUGUCCUACUCGGACAGAUUCUAUGGAGUGGAAGGCGCAUGACGAGGACCAUGAUGAAUCAAGGCAAAACACCGGAAAUUUUCAAGAGGUGAUUCUUGAACAUGAAGGAUAAAAGCAACACAUAAAUUCAGUCAUGGAAUCAGGAGACGCUCAGUUGACCACAGAUGUGGUGCGAGACUUCUUGGAGCAGGAAGAAGGUAGGUUUAUCAUGAACUCGGCUCAAGAUGAUACGGAGAUGGGAGGAGAGGAUAUUUUCGAGACGGAAACAGAACCAAACCGAGAGGAUGUUGAGGAAAAAGUGGAGUCAGAGCUGGAAAUCAAAGGAGACAAACCUGGAGCAAUAAAGAAGAUUAUAAAAGGUAACACAUCGCUGAUUGGAGGAAGCACCAAGAAACGGAUGGUUCAAACUUCGGUCUCCCCUCGUAAAAAACCAUCUGUCAAGGGUCCCUUAAACCCGAAAAUGAGACAGAAAGACACAAAACCUCGGGUGAUUGAUGAGGAUACUUAGUUAGAAUUGCCAAGGUCUUGGGAGUUUGUGGACAAUAAUCUAUCUUCGGAAAAUUUGGAAGAAGCAUAGAUCAGAAUUUUUAUCUCUCUCAGAAACUAAACAAUAAUUUAAUUUUCUACAAAAAUUUCAAUUCUAUUUUGGUUAUAAUAAAUUGUACACGGUUGAACCGUGCGAAGCUAGUGGUGGUCUUGCUCUUUUUUAUGAUAAUUCUUUGGAUGUUACUAUUCUUUUUUCGAAUAACAGAAUAGUUGAU